AUGUCCUCAAAAUGUGUGAACCUUCUCAUAUGCUUAUCCACAAUAUUAUAUACUCACCACGUGGCAAACGCGCAAAAUGGAAUCAAUGACGACGUCACUACAGUAUCCGCGAUUCUGGACUCGGCUACGACGGCGGCGCAGGCUGUGGAUAAUUCUACUAUAGCGCCCACCAACAACAACAACACAAAUUUGGGACUGAAGACUCCAACAAUUUUCGGGAUGCGUGUUGAAUUGCCAGCUGAUGAUCCGUUUGGUUACGACAAGCAUGGUGUCUGUUCUGUAACCCCCGAGGAAGAAUUCAAAGUUGUGAUCUAUGGAAAUCAUUUGGAUAAAAUCCACCAAAUCAUCUGGACCUUUACCAAUAACUGCUCGGAACCAGCCUACGUAAUAGAUGCUUUGAACCACUUCAAAAUCCAUUUCAACCACAAAGCCACAUUCCAUCUGACACUGAAACUACUUCCCGAGAUGGUUCAUGCUUAUAAAAUGUGUGUGAAACCAAAACUACCACCAGGAUCACCACCAUUGGGAGAGAUUUAUCCGAUCGACGACAUCUCCACAUGGCUAACCACCGAACGUCCACCCAAAGAAUACUUCCUUCCACUACCUCUUCAAAUCACUUGCAUCGGAUUCCUCCUAUGCCUCUCUGCCCUUUUCUCCGGCCUGACUCUCGGAUUAAUGUCUCUAACCCCUCAAGAAUUGGAACUUGUUAUCAAAUCUGGAGCAGUGAAGGAACAAAAAUGUGCAGCAAAGAUUUUACCAAUCCGAAAGAAGGGAAAUCUUCUUUUAUGCUCUCUUCUACUGGGAAAUGUUAUUGUGAACUCUGCAAUUUCAAUUUUGAUGGGAGAAUUGACAACUGGAAUUUAUGCUUUGAUUGGGUCAACGCUCGGAAUUGUGAUUUUUGGAGAGAUUCUGCCGCAGAGUAUUUGUGUGAAAAAGGGACUGGAAGUCGGAGCACACACCAUUCAAAUCACGCAACUUUUCAUUUUGCUGACAUUUGUCAUUGCUUGGCCAGUAUCCAAACUUUUGGAUUGCCUGCUGGGAGAUGAAUAUCAAGCCUACGAUCGCAAACGUCUCAUGGAACUGAUCAAAAUGUCGAUAACUGACAACGGUCAAGUCUCCAACGAACUCAAAAUUGCUGUUGGUGCAAUGGAAAUCGCCGAUAAAGUUGUAAGAGAUGUUAUGACGAAGAUAGAAGACGUUUUCAUGCUUCCGGAUACCACGAUUCUGAACGCCAAGACAGUAAUGGAAAUUGUGAAAAUGGGAUAUACCCGAAUUCCAGUCUACCAAUACGGAGAUAAGAAUAAUGUGACCGAUAUGUUGUUCGUGAAAGACUUGGCUCUCCUGGAUCCAGAUGACAAUUUCACAGUGAAAACUGUUUGUGGUUAUCAUAAACAUCCAGUGAAGUUUGUGAUGAAUGACACUCCACUUCCACAUUUGUUGGAGGCUUUUAAGAAAGGAGAGGGACAUUUAGCGAUGGUUAAGAGGCUGAUUAACACUGAUGAUAGACAUGAUCCGAGUUAUGAAUUGGUCGGAGUGGUUACGUUGGAGGAUAUUGUCGAGGAGAUUUUGCAGGCCGAGAUCAACGACGAAUUUGACAUUGUUACUGAUAACGUGAACAAGGUAAAAAUCAAGAAGGAUCAAAAUCGAGAUGCCACAAAAUACUUUGGAGACCACGAAGCCCCACAAACCAUGAUUUCUAUGCAGCUCCAAAUGGUUGCUCUCCAAUGGUUGGUCUCCAACGAACGCGCUUUCCGUCAAGAGUUCCUUGACACAAAUGUUCUGGAACGCAUUCGAAGUAGUGCAAGGCGAGUGGACGUCUCAGCGUUGAUGGCCAUGGGUGACGAUGCGAUCAAUGUUCCAAGACUGGCAAAAGUGUACACCAAAGAUGAACCAAGCGACAAAUACAUUCUAAUCCUAGAAGGACGUAUUAAUGUAACCAUUGGAUCCAGUGGCAUGAUUUUUGAAGCUGGACCUUGGCAUCAUUUUGGAGGAGAGAUUAUGGCAAAAAUGGUCGAAGGAGCUGCCACAUUGGGAAGGAGUAUGAGCAUUGUGGGAACUUCGGAUUUGUCGGCCAGGCGGCCAGAUUUGAUGUUCAGACCAGACUACUCGGCUGUUGUCAAGGAUGAUUGUACUUAUUUGGAAAUCUCAGUGUCUGCGUUUAUCAAUGCGUACAAGGCGUCGUUGAUGCAAAGGGAAAGGCCAAUAAACGACAUGUCUGACUACUCCCACAACUCCUCCGCUCACAAUUCGAACUUGUCGUUGGCCGAACCGGGACCAAUAACGGAUCCAUCAGCUAUGCUGGUCCCAGAAAAUGUCAGAAAACCAUCAAUUGUUUCAGUGGAAGCAACGCCAAGGGUGCUCAACAUGAUAGGACAACAUCCGGUGGCACCGGUUGCCGAGGAG